GUAAAAGUGGGCAGUGGAUUCAUGGCUCAAAUGAAUCAGAGACUUGAACGGAGGGUGGGAAGUGUGCGCUCCCACGUGUGGUAGGGAAGGGCCCAGAUGCACCUGUCUGCACGGCCAGGGCCCUUUAGGACACGGAGUCCUGAUCCCGUGUCACUGCUGAAGCCUUGGCCAGUCGCCCCGAGCUCCCACAGUUGUGCACAUGGAGUGUUCUUGCCCUCCGCGAGAGAGAGACAGAGAGAGACAGAGAAAGUACAAGUUCGUUGCAGGGUAUUUCAAGGUGGCUGGCGUGACUUGAGGAGGAGAUGGGGAAGUGGCGUUGCCGAUUGGCUGGUGUGGCAGGGGGCAGCUCAGGGCUCUGCUCUGUGUUGCAGCCUCACCAUGGAGCAGUUGAGCGCGGCAAACACCCGCUUCGCCUUGGACCUGUUCCGCGCCCUGAACAAGAGCGAUCCUGCCGGCAACAUCUUCAUCUCCCCCUUCAGCAUUUCAUCAGCGCUGGCCAUGGUCUUUCUGGGGACCAGAGGCAAUACCGCAGCGCAGAUGUCCAAGGCUCUCUAUUUCAAAGAGGUUGAGGAGAUUCAUUCGGGAUUUCAGAGUUUGAAUGCUGAUAUCAACAAACAUGGAGCUCCCUACAUUCUGAAACUUGCUAACAGGUUAUAUGGAGAGAAAAGCUAUGAUUUCCUCCCUGAGUUCUUAGCUUCAACUCAGAAAAUGUACGGUGCUGAACUGGCCAGUGUGGAUUUUCUGCAGGCCGCCGAAGACGCAAGGAAGACCAUAAACGAGUGGGUCAAAGGGCAGACGGAAGGGAAAAUUCCCGAGCUGUUGGCCUCAGGUGGGGUUGAUAGCACGACUAAGCUGGUGCUGGUGAAUGCCAUCUAUUUCAAGGGAAACUGGCAGGAGAAAUUCAUGAUGGAGGCCACAGAAGAUGCAGCUUUCAGACUGAAUAAGAAAGACACAAAACUAGUGAAAAUGAUGUAUCAGAAGAAGAAGUUUCGGCUUGGCCACAUCGAGGACCUUAAGUGCCGGGUGCUGGAACUGCCCUACGAGGGAGAGGACCUCAGCAUGGUCAUCCUGCUGCCGGAUGACAUCCUAGACGAGUCCACGGGGCUGAGGAAGAUUGAGCAACAGCUGACUUUGGAAAAGCUGCGUGAGUGGACCAGACCCGAGAAUCUGGAUCUCCUUGAGGUCAAUGUCCAGUUGCCCAGGUUUAAGCUGGAGGAGAGCUACGAGCUCAGCACUCUGCUGGCCUCCCUGGGUAUGCAGGAUCUCUUCAGUAGCAAGGCUGACCUGUCCGGCAUAUCAGGAGCCGGAGGCCUCUCUGUAUCGAAGGUGGUCCACAAGUCCUUCGUGGAGGUGAACGAGGAGGGCACAGAGGCGGCGGCUGCCACCUCGGUCGCCAUCGCCCUCACCGCAGUGUGGAGACAGGAGUAUUUCACCGCCGACCACCCGUUCAUUUUCUUCAUUCGGCACAAUCCGUCCACUAGCAUCCUGUUCCUCGGCAGACUUUCCUCCCCAUAGAGACUAGAAAUACAAGGGGCUGUGAGAAGCUUCCUUACUCUGUGUCCUGUGGGGAUCAAGGUAGGACCCUCCUCCCACGGGUCCUGUAGAGAAGAUUAACUACGUCUAUGCAUCUCUGGCCCCGAGGGCAAUGCCUGGGACAGGAUAGGGCCCGGUGAGUCUAAGCCCAGACACCCUGCCUUCCAUGAGGGUCCUCACUGCCACCCCAGUCCCACACGAGUGCCUUUUCCUCCCAAUCCUGCUGUAUUCCUCUACACCUGCCGUGGCACAGUUCUCAUCAUUCUGUCCCGAAAAGCUUUCUUCCUAAAGCCAGGUGCAGGGACUCUCUCACCGUCCCCAACCUGCCCGUUUAUUUUAUAGACAUUUCUCUAUUUCAUGAACUAUUUAAUGUGGUUCUUCUGUUCAUCCCUAACUUCUUUUUAAAAGGAUUACAAUUUGCCUCUUGCAGAGACAACGGCCCAAACUCCAACUUGUUAAUACUUUCAAACACCCUGUGAAAAUGCAGGGAUCAGGGUUUCAUGGCAGCGGCCAACUUAUGUUAAUUUGGCUUCCAGGCAUAGCGACCAUAACACAGUUUGAGAAGGUGGCCCUCAGCUCAUGGUUUGUUCCUCUGUGUAUUAUCCCAGCAUGUGUGGUUUAAUAUUACUUAGACCUAUUCUCUUUCUUUUUUAAAAAAAAGACAAAAUGUAGAGGUAUUGCCUGCCAAGUCAGUUGAUUUAUUGACAAAACGGGUCCUCAGUAAUGCUAUAUACUUCAAAGGAAAGCAGUUCAAGCAGUUUGAUAAAAAGUAUAUUGGGGAAAAGCUUUUUAAGUUAGCAAGACAAGGCUAUGCCUACCUGUGCAGGAACUGUCUUGAGACAUUGCGAUCCUGUUACGGGCUGAAUGGUGUCCCUUCCAAUCCUGUGGGGAUCAAGGUAGGUGCGCUGGUUUCUGAUUGCGGUGGCUUCUCUUGUUGCGGAGCACGGGCUGUAGGCGCGUGGGCUCAGAAGUUGUGGCCCAUGGGGUUAGUUGCUCUGCGGCAUGUGGGAUCUCCCCAGACCAGGGCUCGAACCUGUGUCUCCUGCGUUGGCAGGCGGAUUAUUAACCACUGCACCACCAGGGAAGCACCCACAUUUCUCUUUUAACUAUAGUAAAUACAGCACCUGGUAUACAAAAAUUACUUUUUAAGUUUAAAAUGUUUCCAUGCUCAUGGACUAUCAUAAAUGUUGUUUAUGUUUAGAGACUGAAUCUCUAAAAUAAAAGAGCUUGUUAUCUAGAGUGCACUCCAACAUGGAGAUAAUGUGCUCCUAAUAAUCCCAUUGAACAUACUUACAAAACACCACUGUGAGACCUCAACCCCACCAAGCUUCAGGUUGAUCAAAAGUAUAAUAAUUCACUUAUUUAAUUUCUUAAACUGAAUCGGAAAACAAGUGAAUUCAAAAUUACUUUUGAAGAGAGGAAAAAAAAAAAUCAAGAUUUUUGUGAAUGUUCUGGGUGUCCAAUAAUCAGCAAUUUGAAGGUGGGGACAAGUCUGAGAGGAGCUCACGUCCACUUUCAGGCUGUGUGAGCAGGAUGAAUAAUUCGGUCAUGAGGAAACCCCUUAGAGACCGACACUCUGCUUAUGCUUGUAGGGCGAGCCAGCCAGGAGGACUUGGAGGGAAGCAGUGUUGGUGGCAUCCAUAUAUUCCCCUGAGGGGAGGGGGUGAAGAGGUGGUGCCUCUAGGACUUCAGGUUGGAAGAAAGGGGUGCACGCUGUGUGUUCACGGGGUGACGCUCUCCUUGUGGCCCUAGACUGGUCCGCUGACGAGGGACGGGGUUGGUGUGCUCACUCUCACGUGUGUCCUAUUUAGAAUCAGAUUCACCUUCAACGACUCUGUCCUUAUAGCUCCUUCUUUCGUUAAUUCACCUUGUUUUGAGCAUCUGAUUUU